GUUGUCAAGGACCUCGUCCCACGACCGUCGGUUCUGCCUACGGAGGAACUCGACCCUGAACACGAAGUCCUGCACCGUCAUCUUAUUUGGAUCUCCAUCUCCGUCGAAGUGGAUUUCCCAUUUGUCGACGCGCCCCCAUCUCGCUCCUCUCCAAUCAUCUCUCCUUUCAUAUGGUGGCAGAUCUGUUGGACCUCCGCCGUCUCCUGAUGUCUCCCGUCUCUGCCUUCCAGCACCUGGAUCCAGGUCCGCAUCGGCUAUUCCUCGGCGCCAGUUCUGGCUCAACCUCGCCGGCUUCCUUGGAGGCGACUGUGAAUUCCAUGCGUCAUCGUCCUUGGGUCUUUUGGGCAUGGUCCCUGUGUUCGGCUUCUGCCUGAGAUCUUGGAUCAAUUCCACGUUCUGGCGAAGAGGCGCCAUCACCUCUGUUAUGGCCCCCAUCAGCUCCAUAAAGCCGCGACGGAUCUCCUCCUGCAACGUCCUACUCAGAGUAUCUGCCAUGCUGCCUCUCCACGUCUCCUGUGCUUGCGCUAUGGCGACAUUUACUCCUGAGAGAAUCUCGGAGGGCAGUGCGUUCGAUUGGCCUGGCAAAUUCCAGCUGUCGUCUUCACGCCCCUCAGCGCCCUGUGUGUCCCCGCCUUGCAUCUGUCCUUGGAGGUUACCUGGUGGAGGAGUCCUGCGAGUCAUUUUCUGCUUAGACCGCAAGUUAACAAUCGCAUAAACACUACCUAUAACGCCAACUCACUGAUCUUCAGCACAAAAACGUUUAAUACGGCAAAAACACUAAUAAGGGGGAAAGGAACCACAACUACUACUAGGGCCAACUCUGCACAUGGUGUUCUACGUCUUUUCCUGUCCAACGUCUAAAAUUUGGCGAGCGCUGUUGACUGAUCUUAUCUUCCUUGAAAGAUUAAGAGUCAAGGGCGCUCACUUCCCUACAGUCGCUGUUUCCGCCUACUUCCCUACUGAAUGUUCGUUGCGGGAUGUUGUAGCUGCUCCGAGUGCAACGCGUGGCCGACAUCUGUCCCCACGGGCCACUCAGAACAAAAAAUCUCCUUGAGAAUCUACUCUCCCGACUCCAUCCAGCGGUAAGCAGGGGAAGCGAAAAACAGAAAUCUUUCUGACCAUUCCUAACUUCGGGUAUUUCUUUUUCUUCAGGUUCUCCUUUUGCACACCAGGCACCGGGCCGGUUGCUAACUGGCUUUUGGAUUCUCCUCUGCCAGUGCCAAACCAAAUCCCCUCUUGAGAUUGCCUGCUUCCCGUUGUCAGAUAAGUGCCGAAACAUCCAACAUCAAAAAAAACUAUUUACUUUGUGGAUUUUUUUCUUGCAUCCUCAGGUCCCUCCGCGCCGUGCUUCUGUGAGCCAACUCGUCGAGUCCCUCACAGGCCACCGGAACACCGAUGGACCCCAGAUUGCAGAAUACCACUCGAGAUCUAUCUUCUCUGCUGGAUAUUUAUAAUUUCUUCGACGUCCGUAUGAUUCGCAUCCGUACUCUCCCUCUUUGAUGGUCGAGCCAGGACUGCGAGUCCACUUCCCUGUCUCAGAUUGGGCGCCAUUAUUGUUACGAACCUUUGUUUUUCUUUGGGGCAAGGCCGGCUAGCCAGUCAUCCCAGGGCUGGAUACUUCCCAAGCCCUCAGGUCGCACAACAACCAACUGAUUGGACAUCUCGAACAAAAUGAAACCACAAAAAUAACCGACAAAAAAAAAAACUGAAAAAAAACGGACUCUACUCGACAAACAACAUUACAGUCUUCCCUCAACACAGACUUGGACCAGGUCGAGGUGUCGAUGUUUUACCCCCGACGCACCCACCCUACCUGAGAUCUGAAUCACACGUUCCGGAUCUCCCUGCCAUUGGCAAAAGCCUUACCCUCUCGUUGCUGUGGCUCCUCUUCCCCCA